UGAGAGAAAUGAGAUAAGAGGACUAAAAUACCUGAAAGUAAGAGUGUGAGAGCACAUUCAUCUGCAGGAAUGAAGCUGCUCCUUCUUCUGACUCUCUUUGGAGGGGCAGUUGCUCUGAAGGAUGAGGACAAGAUAGUUGGAGGAUAUGAGUGUCCAAAAAACUCUGUACCCCACCAAGUAUCUCUCUUUACGGGGUACAACUACUGUGGUGGGAUCCUGCUGUCUGAGGAGUGGGUGCUGUCUGCUGCACACUGCAAAUCCAAGUCAGAUAUAGAAAUUCGACUCGGUGAGCAUGACAUCUGGGAACCUGAAGGGACUGAACAGCACAUCAUGUCUGCCAAGUUUAUCCAACACCCUGACUACAACUCCCGCUCAAAGGACAAUGAUAUCAUGCUGAUCAAGCUAAAUCGACCAGCUACCCUGAACAGCUACGUACGCCCAGCUAGACUUCCUUCAAAGUGUGCCAGUGAUGAAACAAUGUGCCGGAUCUCUGGAUGGGGAAAUAUUCGUCCCAGUGACGAGGGUUCAAAGUUUCCUCAUAAGCUGCAAUGUCUGGAGGUCCCUCUCUUGAGUGAUGACACAUGCUUUAAUGCAUAUCCUUUCCAAAUCACUGAGAACAUGAUCUGUGCUGGCUACCUGGAGGGGGGAAAGGACUCCUGUCAGGGUGACUCUGGGGGACCCAUGAUGUGUGAUGGAGAGCUCCAAGGUGUCGUGUCCUGGGGUAAGGGCUGUGCCCAGAGCAACAAGCCUGGGGUCUACACUAAAGUGUGCAACUACAUCUCCUGGAUCAAGAACAUCAUGGCGUCUUUUUGAGCGGGAAAGCUGUCAAACAAUUCACAUUUGAUCUGGCAACAACAGUAAAAUGAACAUGAUGAUGA